AUGUUUACCUGUCGCCUGCCUUGGUGGGGGAGAUCCAGUGCGACCUGCAAGCCAUGGCCAACAGGUCGCUUUCUGCCUCGUGUCUGGGAGAGGUGCCAACCGCCCAGUCAUAACGGAAUCAACACGACUGUGGGGCAGGCGCAACAGGUCAGCUCACAGCAGAAACAAGUAUUGGAAGAUCUGGAAAUGCCCCUUGUGAGGAGACAAACUGAGACCCUCUUCCAAGAGCAACCCCAAACUGGGAACCCGUAUUUGGAAGAUGCUUUGCUUCGGAGUUACUUGAAAACGCACCUUCCUCCCAAGGUACUGGAGGAGGUGAAUCGGGACCUGGAGAAAUUUGGAAACCGUCUGCUAACCAAGAUCCAACCUCUUGGAUGGGAAUGCGAGUUGAACCCCCCUGUGUUUCGGCAGUACGAUGCCUGGGGGCAGCGGGUGGAUCACAUCGUCACCUGCACAGCCUGGCGGAGGAUGAAGGAGGUUGCAGCAGAAGAGGGGCUGAUUGCUGCAGCCUACGAGAGAAGAUACUCCAACUGGAGCCGUCUGCAUCAGGCUGUCAAACUGUACUUAUUUUCAAGCUCCUCUGGAGGUUUCAACUGUCCACUGGCCAUGACUGAUGGGGCAGCCAAAGUCAUUGAGUCACUAGGUAUUCCUGGAUCUCUGAAAAAUGCAUUUGACCAUCUGACGUCCCGUGACCCCAAGAAGUUCUGGACCUCUGGCCAGUGGAUGACGGAGCGCAGGGGAGGCUCUGAUGUUGCCAAUGGCACGGAGACAGUGGCCAGAAAGCAGCCAGAUGGUACAUAUCGUCUCUACGGUUUCAAGUGGUUUACGUCGGCUGCUGAUUCUGAUGUGACACUAACCCUGGCCAGGGUAGCGGAUGCUGAAGGCCAAGUAAAACAGGGUUCCAGCGGCCUGUCCCUGUUCUACCUGAAGGUUCGAGAUGAGGAGGGGAAGCUGAACAGCAUCCAAGUGCAAAGGCUGAAGGACAAGCUGGGCACGCGACAGAUGGCAACAGCAGAGCUAUGGCUAGAUGGAGCUAAAGCAGAGCUAAUCUCUGCUGAGGGUCGUGGAGUGGCCUCCAUCUCCAACAUGCUGAACAUAACUCGGAUCCACAAUGUCAUUGGUGCAGUAGCUUCCAUGAGAAGGAUGAUCUGUCUGAGCAGGGAGUAUGCCCGUAAGCGGGUUGCCUUUGGGAAGCUUCUCAAGGACCAUCCGCUACACAUGCAGACGAUAGCCCGGAUGGAGGUGCAGACGCGAGGGGCGUUUCUUCUGUUUAUGGAGAUUGUUCGUCUGCUUGGACUUGUAGAAACCAACAUGGCGAGUGAGCAAGACCAGCUUCUCCUUAGACUGCUAAUACCAGUCACCAAGCUGUACACUGGGAAGCAGGCUUCUGCCGUUGUUGUCGAGGCAAUGGAGAGUUUUGGAGGACAAGGUUACAUGGAGGAUACAGGCUUGCCAGUCAUAGUCCGCGAUGCUCUGGUGCUGUCCAUAUGGGAGGGAACAACAAAUAUCCUGUCACUCGAUGUCCUGCGAUCCCUCACCAAGAGUCAAGGACAGGUGAUGGCUGUAUUCUUUUCCACAGUGCAGAAAAAACUGGAGCUGGCUUCAAGCGCCAUGAAACUGGAACGUGCCAUGAAGCGAAUGCGGGAUGCCAUCGGCAGUCUUGCGCAGUUCACACAAGCAGCUGGUUCGAAGGGGGUGGUGGCCAUGGAGCUGGCGGCGAGAGACUUCUCCUACUCCCUAGCAAGGAUCUAUGCAGGAGCUCUCUUAAUUGAGCAUGCAGCUCGGCCUGACGCCUCCUCCGCAGACAUCUCCGCUGCUCGAAAGUGGUGCAACCAGGAGCUGUGCCCUGUGGCCACGGAGUCGGGGAUCAGCAGCUACGAGGCUGAGGAAGUGCUGGCGGACAGCGCGCUGGUGUACGAGGGCAACCCUGCCUGCGGCGUGGUGGGUGCCAGAGCAAAUCCCCCUGGCAUAAACCCUGGCUCCGCCACUGGCUCCAGCCCGAAACCUGCUGCUUCUGCGCUGAGUGACAUGGUAACGCAGAGGCAGCCAUGGCGCUUCCGUCCGAGGUGCCGAUACGUUCUUACCAUGUUUUAG